GGUUUAAUAGUCACACGGGUAUGGGAAUAGAAAUUGGUCUGUUUGUCUGUAGUUGGUGCUCUUCUUGGUUAGGUUUUUAAUAUGUUUUGUGUGGGUCUGUUCUCUUCUUUCACCUCCUUCCCCGUAGCUUCAGAGUCUAAUAUACUUCUCUUCUACCAACCAUUGGCACUGAAGCUGUUAGCCACUCCACCGUCACUGCCCCUUUUAUAUAUCCCACACGAAUGGCAAUGGAUAGCAUUCAUUCACAAAAACUUUCCUAAACAAAAACACUACAACUUAGUCAUUCAUCACCACAGAGUUGCCAUAGCAACCAGCCGAGGCAGAUUUUCAGCAUAGACCAUAAAUAUAUGUUUGAAAAAUCCUGAAAAAGUAGGAGUAUAUUUUUCAAGAAACUCGAAACCUUGAACCAAGUUUAAAUCCUGAUUCUGCCUCUGCAACCAGCACGACUUGUGUUUGUUGUUACUAAUUUUCCUGUCCGUUACUUAUGGCUUUCCUUAGGUGCUUUGGAUAUAAGCUAAUAAGGCGCGGUGGAGUAGCUGAUGCCCGUGUUUUUGUGGAAGACGAUAAAGAUGAUGAGUUGGAUUGCACAACGAUUAAAGGUCAGGUGACGAGAUAUACAAGCUGCGAAUUGAAGAAAUUCACCAUGAAUUUCUCUACGUCUAAGUUAAUUGCCUGUGGAGGAUUUAGCACUGUCUAUUUAGCUGAAUUUCCUAAUUCAACUCUAGGAGCUGUCAAGAUCAUGGACAGCAGCAGCGAGCGUCUCAACAGAAUUUACAAGCAAGAAUUAGACAUUUUGCUUCAAAUCCAACAUGAUAACAUAGUCAAGCUUCUUGAUCACUGUGACGACGCAGAAUUGGGGAACAUGUUGGUAUUUGAAUAUGUUCCAAAUGGGACUUUACAGGACAAACUCCACGGGAAGAGAGACACAAUUAUUCCAUGGAGAAACCGUAUGACAGUGGCAUUUCAACUUGCUCAAGCCAUUGAAUAUCUCCAUGAUAAAUGUCCAUUACAAAUAGUCCAUAGUGAUAUCAAAGCUUCAAAUAUAUUGUUAGAUAAGCAAUUCAACUGCAAGCUUUGUGAUUUUGGGUCAGCGAAGAUGGGAUUUUCUUCUUCAGUUUUGCCACCAACGAACCGUAUGAUGCUUGGUUCUCCAGGCUAUACUGAUCCUCACUACUUGAGAACUGGGAUUGCCUCCAAGAAAAAUGACAUAUAUAGCUUUGGAGCUGUUACUUUAGAACUCAUUUCCGGGGUUGAAGCCUUUUCCUCAGACACUGGGGAGAGACUAAUAUCAAAAGCUGCUCCUAUUCUAAACAAUGUCUCUAAAGUAGCUGAAAUGGUGGAUCCAAGCCUUAACGGGGAUUAUGAAUUGGAGGAAGCUAAGGCCAUGGCGUCGCUUGCAGCAUUGUGCUUAAGUGAUUGUUCCAGUCUCAGACCCUCUGCUUCUGAAAUCUUGGAGGUUAUGAGAAGUAGAAUAUCUUCCAUCUCUUUUCUCUGUUCAGCUGAUAAAAAGGUUCUAGUAUACUAGAACUAGUAUUUAGCAUAAAAGAAUGAAAUUUUGUAUAGUGUCAUAGCUAGGCAAAAGAAUCAGUUCAAGAAACUUCAUACUACUUAAGAGUUGAAAGAUUGAAAUUUGAAUGGUCGAUUCAGGAUAUAUUUUCUGUUCUUUUUCCUCC